ACAGUGUACAGUAACAAUAGCAGUGGCCUGUGGUAGCCACGGUAGUGUGGACGACGCGAGGCAAGGCAAGGCAAGGCAAAAGACGAUAGGGACGCUAGUACGCUAGUCAGUGAAACCGCGCCCAACGUGACGCCAGGUGGCCCAUUGUGCUGCGAAUCGAAUCCACCUCCAGCGAGUUACACGUCUGUUUUCCAUCCGUUGCGAGUUCCGCAGCGGAUCUCGAUGACCGUUGCUCGUCGAAUGGUCCGGCAACCAUAGUGAACGUUCUCCAAUGGUUCGCGUAUGAGUCCCCAUCGUAAACCGUGAGACGGACGCGGACAGCCAGAGAUCUUCGAACGAGCGGCCCAAGAUCCAACGGCGGAACGGAUUCGAUACCGAGCAGAGCGUGAAAAUGAACGGCGUCUUCUCGAUCGCGGCCGCGAGAGAGUCUCCCGACGGAAGACCAGCGGCGCAGCCGAGUCGCUACAGUCGAGCUGCGAUCUCUCGCGCGUGAAAGAGAGCUACGUCGGGAGCCGCGAGUCGCCGAGAGGAAAGGUUAACGCUCGAAUUUAAAAUACAGCGUGUGCGACCGCGUCUGCGUACAAGUUGCCAACAUUGCUGGGAAAUCACGGACAUCGACCGGUAAGAUCGAUGGAUCCUCCGUCGACGUUCCGAUGAGCUUCGUAACGUAGAAGCGAAUCGGACGAGUCCUAGAACGAUCGAGGAACGUGGACGGGACUCGAACGGACACCGAAGGCAUAUAUUCCCGUUUUAUCUGCUGUCUCGGCGAUUCGACCGUUUUCUCGGAGUCCAUGAACUCGACGAGGAAAAAGCCCGGUCGAUGGCAGCGAACGUCGAGGAUACAACGAGAAGACGUUCAGUGAAAGUGUACGCUCGAUCGGUGAUCGCGUCGUCGUGUGACGCAUCCGAGAAGCAAACAGCAACGUGCAAAGAUCAGGAACGACGAUCGCGCGGUAAACGACGUACCGGCCCGACGCUCGAUCCGGUCUCGCACAAGCAUCGUUAUCUUUCGCGAACGAAACCGGCCGUAGAGCUCCGAUCGAGUGACUAAAUGUUGCAACAAGUGUCGCAGGAGUGCGCGAAGCUCGCUAGGCGUACCGGCAGCAGGCUCGGGAUCGUUGCUCCUUCGAGGAUCGCCGAGGAUUAAAGCCGAACAGAGCCGUGCGCGCGGUGGCCGGAACGAAAAUGCUCGUUACGUGUCUGCUUCUGACGGUUUUGGGUGUCGUCGCCGGACAAUCGGACGAAGGGCUCGACCAGUCGUCCAUUUAUUAUACCGAGCCGACUUUCGUCGACGCGAACAACGACGAUGCGAACGGCGGCCUCACGGAGCUGCGAGGCGGUCGCAUCGUCAGAGGACGACGGGUGCUGGAGAGAUCCAAGAGCCCGUACCUGGUCCGAGAGGAUCUGUUCGUGGAACGUGACGGCGAGCUGGUGAUCGAGCCCGGCGUCGAGGUUAGAUUCGGGCCUAUGAUCGGUAUCACCGUUCGCGGCGUCGUAACCGCAAAAGGACAACAGCAAUCGCCGAUCUUGCUGACAGCAGCCGAGGCGAACAAUCAGAUCCAUCCGGUCGAGUCGCUAUUGACGAUUCGACUCAGCGAUGGCCCUACACCGUUCGAAGGUCGACUGGAGCUUUUCCACCGGGACGAGUGGCGAGCAGUUUGCACGAAUUCGAGAAACUGGACUCGAGCCGAUCUGGAGACGGCGUGCAGGCAGCUCGGCUUCCAAGGAGGACGAUGGUGGUCCUGGAUGGACAGACAAUGGCCCGCGAAACCGCGACUGCUGUACGAGCAACCGGGUUGCAGGGGCACGGAGAACUCUCUGACGGACUGCGAGCGAUGGCCCGACAGGCAACUCGGUGGAGGAGUUUGCGAUUAUCACCCUGAUCUCGGCGUCGCGUGCGCGCCUCGCCACGACGGGGCCACCAAGGCGAUCAAACACUGGAGAGGGAUUCGCUUUGAGGAAGCGCUCUACGACAAUCCUCUGACCCUGGAGAACACUCUCUACGUGCGGAAAUCGAAAUCGUUGCUGCGGAACGUAGUGAUCGAGCAAGCGGGAACAGGCCGGGAGUAUAAUGUUACCGCGGCGAUCGAUGUGGUGGGUGUCCCGCCACAGAUGGAGUCGAUUUCGGUGCUUCACGCGGCCUUUACCGGCAUUAAUGUCACCACGCCGAACGCCCCCGUCGUCAUAAACAAUUGCACUGUUCAAAACAAUAGAGGAUACGGGAUUUAUGUGAACAGUUCGUCGGGAAUGGCGCGUAUCCAGGACUGCUCCGUGUUGGAGAACGGCGCCGACGGGAUCAAGUACGUUCACUUCGACGAGAGGCCCGACGAGAAACUGGAUCGCACGGAGGUCUUCGAUCUGUGCACGUUCCCGACGACGGCCAGUCAAACGUUCCCCGUUCUGAUCUCCAUGGAGCAGAGCAAAUACGCGCCCAACAAGAAAGUUUGUCCGCAGCAUAUCUUCACGCGACCGGGACACGUUCUGACGAUGCACUUUCUGCAAAUGAAGACCGACAAGAACAACAGCGCGACCAUAGAGGUCUACGACGGUAACAGCGGCGCGGAGAAACUGCUGGCCAGAGUGAGAGUGAGGAACGGCACGUUGCCGCAGAGCGUGUCGACGACUCGGCAAAAUUUGUACGUCAAGUUCAUCGCCGAGCCACGCACCAACUCGCUCAUCUUUGUGAGACUGAUGUCGGGUCACAAGAAAACGUACGAUCUGGAUGUGACCGGCAGCGUGAUAGCCAGCAACAAUGGCAGAGGAAUCGUGGUAGAGAGAUUGCGAUCGGCUCUACACAUCCACGAAACUUCUGUGUCCAGCAACAAACACGUGGCCGGUGUGCACGUGUUGGGCGGUGCUGCGGAUGUUAAUAUCACGGCUAGUCGUAUAUCCUUCAACGUAGGAGACGGCGUGAACAUCACUCACACGGGGGGCAAUCAUAACGUUUCUCGGACCAGCAUUUCCUCCAAUCAAGGCUACGGUUUCGCGUUGUGGUUGAAUGAUAGCUCGACCACCGAGUACGUCAACUUCAAUCAGACCACCGUGGUGGAGUACUCGCAGAUAUUUCGGAACAAGGAUAUCGGUAUCCUCGUCGGCAACGCGACCGGCGAUUCCUACGUGAACGUGACCGGCAAUUGGUUCAACAACAGCGCCGAGGUGGCUCUGCAAGUGGAAUCCAGUUGGAGGCAGAACGAGGGACUUCUAAGACUUCAAAUCGGCCACAAUUCCUUCGUGCAGAACGCGAAGUUCGGUAUUAAACUGAGUCCUGCCUUGAACUUGCACGGGAUCAUCGAAUACAAUCACUUCAGAGAGCAGACUAGCGGCUGUAUACUGAUCAAGAAUCCUCUGUACGAGGAGUUCAAUAUUUUGCCCGCCGAUAUCACCGUGAAGCACAACGAAUUUUAUUGGAACCGCGGCGCCUUUGUAGUCAGCAUCGGUCUCUCGCCGUACAGCGACUCGCAGAAGCUAUUGUUCACGAGAAACUUCUUGCGGGACAAUCGUGUCCGCGAGUUGUACGAUAAUGGUAACGCUGCGAGGUUGAGAUUGAUACCACGGUCCCGCGUAGCAGCUGUUGCGGUUGUCUCGUCCGGCAACGUCGAAGUGUUCAGGAAUAUUCUGCAGAAUCCAGAGUCCAGGUACGAGAUCGGCUCUCACCUGGAAGACCAAUCGAAAAUCAUCAAUUGCACGUUCAACUGGCUCGGAUUCCCGGAAGAGUAUAAAAUAUUCGACAGGCUGUUUCAUAGGAAAGACAGGUACAACCUCGCCAAGAUCGAGUAUCUGCCGUACUUGUUGCACAGCAGCAAUCCCGGUACCAACACCAUCAUCUCGAACCCGACGUUCGUUCCUCGCUUUGUCACGCCUGGAACAAAUUUAGUCGGCGGUGAAGUGGACGGUCAGGAGUUGUUGAAUUCGGGGGAGUACAUAGUCGAGCGUGACAUCAACGUACGUCCGGGUGGAAAACUGAUACUUCAACCCGGCGUUACGUUGCGGUUCCCUCCGGCUGUAGGAAUGAUGGUUGCUGGCAGACUGGAUGCCCGUGGGAAACGGCCGAGCGAUAUUUUGUUCACUUUGAAGGAGGAGAUCGUCGUGGAGUCCGACAACGGUACACUAAUGGACGGUCUUCUCAUGGAGACGAACGAUAUGGAACCGCCUGUGCGACUGCUCGGAGGGAAGACCAGUCUAGAAGGAAGAUUACAGGUGAAAGUUGCCGACAAAUGGGGAACCGUCUGCAACUACGGUUGGACGAUCCGCGACGCUGCCCUGGUCUGCCAUCAGCUCGGUCUCACUCUGGACCCGGACAACUGGCUCUUGGAGCGUUCACAGAUCCCCAACGCGGGCAUCAACGAGGACAUCGUCCUCAGUAACGUCAGGUGCACCGAAGAGGACAACGAUAUCUCAAAGUGUCGCGCGGAGACUCGGCAGAACUUCGAGAACUCUUGCAACCAUGAAAACGACGUUGGCGUCAGAUGCUCGGAGGCUGCUUGGGCGGGUCUGAGGUUGGGUCCCUUGGCUCAGAGAAGCGACCUGCAGUUCGUGACCAUCGAGAAAGCAGGCUUGCUCGAUUACUCCACUAAUUCCUUCAAGCCAGCUCUGCAGAUCGACUUUGCGAGGCACUCGUUGGACAACGUCAGAGUGAUCGGCAAUCUCCAGGACGGCUUGGGAGUACUCUAUUCCGACAUUUAUUCCGCGGACGCUAUCAACACCGUGAGAAACAGCGAGUUCUCUCAGAACGGCGGUAGUGGUAUCAGCUUCAAGCAGCUGGGGAUGAAGAUCAUCAACUCCAAAAUGGAGAACAACAUGAUCGCCGGGAUAAGACACAAUCCUGCACUCUCCGCUGUCCAACAGAGAGAAUUCGCAGGGUGGUUCUUGCGCGUACCGGACGCGACGGAUUCCUCGUACAAUCCGAUCACGAUACCCGACCAAAUGCACGACAUAGACUUAAGCACGGAAGAAACUAUGUACAUGAUCACGGCUAAAGUCAGCGGGGAUCCCGUCAAACGACGCGUCAGCAUCAAAUGCAGGCCAGGCUACGUGAUCGGUAUCCAGCUUCUGAAUCCGAUCGAGAACAGGAGCAGCGAACGUAUCGUUGUACACGAUUCCCUGUACGACGAUCCAAACAGAGAUGUUUGGCACGUGCGGAGAGACUUGGCUGUGUUCCCUGUUACGUCCAGCUCGUUCACCGUGAUCCUGGAGUACGAUAGCGGAACCAAUGCGUUGGGUGGAGCCGUGAUGGUACUCACAGCUCUUCGGGCACCGGUGCAGGAUAUAAAGAGCAAAGUGGUGAGAGGACCGAUUCCCACGCUUCUAGUCACCAACUCUAAGAUCAAGAACAACAAGAGGGGCAUCCUCGCGUCGUUCUACAACAGAUACUUGGACGAGAUCGGCGACCACUUCCUCAGGAAGGCCAACGAGUCGAUAAAUCUGGUCGGUUGCGAGAUCUCUCAUAAUCACGAGGAAGCUAUCUACAUUCACACGCCGUACUGGAACAUCUACCAGAGCAAUCUGUCCGAAAUCGCCAUUCACAUCAACGAGAGCCUGAUCACCGACAACGGGAAAGGCAUAUAUCAGUUCAACCGGGACGCGAGAUACUCGAACAAUCUUUUCCAUUGGAUCAUGCAGGACAGUACCGUCGAGAGGAACCGAAAAGGCGGAUUCGAGGUGCUGUUGCCUGACGUCUGGCAGUACAACGAGAACUUCACGCACAGCCUGUACUUCGGCAACAACACUUGGCGGAACAACGACCAGUUUUGCUUCGUGGUGGACGGGCAUUACGCCACGUUGAACAUGUCCUACAAUCGAUUCCAAGAGAACAGCUGUAAGACCGGGCUGAUCUCUGUGCGCGGAAUGGAGAAGAAGAUGCAGAUCGACAACAAUCGGAUCGAGAGCAAUGCCGGAGUCUACAUGGUGGAGUUCAGAACAGUCAGUCAGUCCGAGAUCUUGGGAGACGUGGACGCGCGGUUCUACUACAACGAGAUCAAACGAAACAGCUACGACUUGGCCGGAAUGGGGCCCCGUCGCACAGACGACAGUCCAAGCUACGUGGUCGGGUUCCACGGGAUCCAGAAGGUACAGAUCAACAGGAACCUGUUCGGUCAGAAUUCCUUGGACUACGAGCUACUAGCUGGCAUCAGAACAGCCAAGAUCAACAACGAAGUUGACGUUACUGAAAAUUGGUGGGGAACACCCGAUGACAUCGACAUAAGAAAAAGGAUAUUCGACUUCGACGACUGGAACGACCAUGCGGUGGCAAAAUACAGACCCUUCCUGACCAGCGACGCCUUCGAGUCCUCCGUUUCGGCUUCCUGGCAGGUCGCCAGGGAAGUGGACUUGGAUAACUUAGGCGGUCGCAUAGAGGAGAACUUGUCUAUACACGUGAGGGACAGACCUUACGUGGUGAGAUCGGAUAUCACAGUGAUGCCGGAAGCCACUCUACACAUUUAUCCAGACGUGGUGAUGGAGUUUGCACCCAACGUCGGGAUCCUAGUCUUGGGCACGUUGAAGGCGGUAGGCGUGCCCGGUCAUGAGAUUAUAAUGAAACCGAUGGAGCGCAACGUUACGGACUCCCCGAGACCGACCACAAUGACCGGGAACGUUGUCUCCAUGUCGGAGGAGACUAUACGUCUGUGCAAAGAUGGACGGUGUUCUUCCUUGUACAACGAAGGGUUCCUGGAGUUCUUCAACAAGACAACCUUGCAGUGGAUACCUCUGUGCGACACUAGGUUCACCGAGAGGAACGCGCAAGUGGUCUGUCGCCAAUUAGGCCAUGACAUGCUCAACGUUUACGUGUCCUACGAUCGCAGAUACGAGUUGCAUCCUGGCUCUCUAAUUCGCGUUUGGUCCUGGCCUGAACCGCUUCAGUGCACUGGCAAAGAGGAGAAACUGGAAGACUGCCAAAUCCGAUUGAACGGUCAACUAUAUGGUCACCGGCACGAAUGUCCCUGGGACAGCCAAUUUGUGUUCAUAAGCUGCGGGAAACGAAACCUGGACGAUGCCCACGACUACUGGGGUGGCGUCCGCAUUGCCAACAGCGAAUUCGAGCAUCAUUUGUACGAGCACCGUAUCCACGACGUCGUCACCCACGAAACAAUUAGGCGUGUCGAAUCUGUAUUAAGGCACAUUAACAUCACGGGCGCCGGAAUUCUGCAUUACGAGAAAUCGGCUGCUCUACAAACGAUCAUGAAAUCGCCGACGAUAACGCACAUCAACGUCACUCGCAGCGCUUAUCACGGCAUCAACGUGAUAUCACCGACUCACACCGUGGAAUUGCUGUUCAAUUCCGUGGAGAACGUGCUCGGCAACGGUGUGAACGUGCUAUCUAUAACGGGAGAGGGCCGCGAGGCCGACGAGAGCUCGUUCACGCCUAUCAAGGAUUUGAAUAUACCCUAUCAUUUGUUCAGCAUGAUCGAUAUAUGCGACACCACCAAGGAGAUCACGUUGGAAGAACGCGUGCUGGUUUAUUACAAAUACGACAAUCAUCCUGUAAACUGCGUCAAGAUCUUCCGCAGCGCUUACAGAGUGAAACCGUUUGGAUUUAGGCUUCUACAGUUCAAUCUCUUCAACUCGACCGGGAAAUCGGGGCGCGUCGAUAGAAUUACUCUGUACGAUGGAGACAUCUAUAACGUCACUGCCAAGAAGAUCGGUCAGCUGGAAGCUAAUAGCCCGGACGAGAAGAAGCUGUUCAAGACGCAGGGGACCAGCCUCAGCCUAAGACUAUUCGCUAAUGGUGCAAGCAGCGUGCACGGUUUCAUCGCGGAAGUAGUUACCCUGCCCAUCUCUGCCAUUGGAUUUAAUCGCGACGUGCAGCACAAUAUAUCUUACUCCGUGAUAUCGAAUUGCCGCGAAGGCGCGAUCAAGUAUGCCAGCGCGGGCGAAGUGAACGCGAUAAUGACUCUGGAGCGGAAUCAGUUCACGAACAACUGCGAGAAACUCUACGGCAAUUUCUCCACCUGCAAGUCUGCCCUCUGGCUGGACGUCCAAAACACCCAGUCGUUGUUCUUCCGAAACAAUUUGGUCCGACAAAAUCAAGGCGGCCUCUCGAUUCGAGCCGAUUCCAGAGGCUCAGCGACUUCUCUGAAGGGAUGGAUACACAACAAUCUGUUCGCGGAGAACUUUAACAAACCUGCACUAUACGUGGAAGGUCGUCAAAGUAGCCCGUACCAAGAGGUGACCAUAUUCAGAAACUACUUCACGAAGAACAACGCCCCGUACGACAACAAUAUCGUGUUGAAGCAGGUCGUCAGCAACAUGACGCUCAAUUAUCUGCAUGGCAAUCUCGGCGCGCAUCUUCUGGAAAUCUCCGGAUUCGAACGAGUCAGACUGCCCAUUUACCAGAGCACGUCUCACAAUGGAUUCUACAAAAAUUAUGCGGUUGACCGCAAUGGACGCAGCACCAUAGUGGCUGGCACUCCCGGCCAGCAGUACGUCGACAACGUAUUCUUCAACCCGGACAACGACUACGAAAUGCUCACCACGAAUCGAUCACAACAAUUAGAGAUGUGGAGGGCUCACGUGGACGCGAGACACAACUGGUGGGGCUAUAACGAAUCUCUGCCGGUGGCCGGCAGGAUCAGAGAUCAAGGAGACUCCCUGGAGUUGCUCAAGGUCGACUACCAGCCUUUCCACAUGAGCAACAGAUCCGUUCUGAACGGAAAGUGCCCGCCAGCCUGGGACCUUGUAGGCGACACCUGUUACAUCUACAUCGGUGCACCCACGGACUUCUUUAGUGCCCGCGACUUUUGUAGAUCGGUGAACGCGUCGAUGCCGUUCGUUAUGGGCGAUUACCUUGAGCUGUGGCAAUUCCUGCGGAAGCAGCAAGAGCGCUACGAUUUCUCGGAUCGCGCCUGGGUGCAGCAAUUGGAUCGAGUGGACCAGUGCACGACUUUCACGUAUCAGACGAUAGAAAUCGAUCACUGUGCUCAGCCGAGCCCGUUCAUCUGCGAGAUCGAUCCGAAAGUGAACAUUGAUCCUCUGUCCUGGAGGAAGGACAUUGUGGCUGUAGCUGUGUUGGGGGCUGCUGGCGUAGCUCUAGCAUUGCUAACGGCAGCUAUCGCGCUCUGGGUGUCUAAAUCGAAGAGGAGGAACAUAGAGAGAUUGGAGAGGCGAAACUCUAUCAGACAGUCCUUGCACUCGCUGAGAUCGGUCGGCUCUACGUCUGGAUUCACCGAGCUUGCCUAUCGUCGCAAACCUAUUACGACCAAACACUCUACGGACACCCUGAACUCCAAGUCCCUGGACUACAAGAGAAUGCUCAAUGGUGGGAGUAUAGACUCGAUGGACAAGUCCCAGCUGAACUCCUCGAUGGAGGACAACCAGAGCUACGACGUCUACGAGGCGCACAACCCAAGAUACUCGCCAAGCACCAGCGACUUCAAGACCACUGCCCCAAAGUACGGAGUCCCUCAGAGCGGUAGCAACCCGGUGUUCGACCUCACUUACCGCAACGAAGGCUUCCGGAAUCAUUCGACUUUCACCUCGAGGAGCACCAACGAUUGGCCCAUAGAGUCUAACACCGAGACAACCACGGAUGAGACCCCUGUCGCGGACGCCACCCACGAGAGUUCGUACAUGAACAACACGUCCACCCUGCCGCUGCAUUCGAGUCUGGUGCUGACGGACUCUAUCAGCGAAUUGAAACGAGACAUAGAAGCAUCCGCUGCCUACGGACCCAUGGACUACGAAGUCAGACGCAACUAUGACAACGCACCGUUGACACCCAGCCAAGCUUCCGAACCUGUGCCCGAAUACGCCUCGGACUUCAAUCCCCCGAUACCUCCUCAUCCCUAUCAUCAUUACGACGAGAGCAGGCCCAGAAGCGAGGCGCUGUUAGAAACUAAUCUGGACAACGGAGAAGAGAAACCGUUGAGGUCGAAGAGCGAGGCGUUACUAGAGACCAAUCUGGACUCGUUCAUGGCCAACGAGCCCACGGAAUUGACGCAAUUGUCAGCCACUGCGAGGAGCAAGAGCCAACCCUUAGAAACGGCUAUGUGAAUUGCUUCUGUUCUAUAAGAGACAGGGACCCACUGGGCUGACUCGGAUCAUGCAGAAAGAUAACUCUUAAGCGAACCCACCGAGUUACACACUUAAAUACAGUGGACCGUAAAGAGGACAAUCAGUGCAAUAAUAACAUUGCUAAGUCUCUGACGUUAUGGUUCUUCCUUGCACACGACUUACAGCUAGUAGUUUUCUUGAAAACUGGAUCUCCAUGUUCGCCUGGCGUGCAAUGCCAAUGUGAGAUUUUUUUUACGAAUAUAACCUAGCGUAUUUUUGCAAGUUGUACCUCUAAUUAUGUAGUAUAAUACCGCAAAAGAUAUCUCGCGUAGACUAGGGCAGACGUAGUUCGAAUAACGUGUACAGCAAGCAUUAGAGAAUGAGUUAUUCUCGCGAAGUAAUUAAAAUCGCAUAAUUUAUAUACUUGAAGGGCGUUGGCGUAGUCCUAAGGGAAAUAUACUUAUCUUUUAAUAGAAUCAGAGAUUUCAGAUGUUUGUCACAAAUGUGUGGAGUUACACUGCCAAACUAGCGGAGAGUCUGUGUAUGCGUUUUGUGAGCUGUACUCACGUUGUGAUAGAUGUCUAGAUUGUAGGUGAUCUCACCGAAAACGCCUUGAUUAAAUAUACAUUAUACGUAUUCUAACAGAUUAUCCGUUCAUAAUGUGUAAACUCACGAUGCAAUCGACAGUGCCUCUUCAGGCUCGCAAUACUUGCGUAUUUAAACAAACCGCAAUUUCGUAUCAUAAUUUUUAUAUCAUUGUUAGAGAUAAAUCGUAAGAAGUUGAGUACGACUUUGAUCAGGUAAUGGAUGGCUCAACGAAACGCGUGUGUUCUACUGCGAAUUUAUUCUUCCAAAGAAGGACUGUUCGAUCUGUGACGACAUUAUAUUAAUUUAAUGUACGAAUUGCGAAUAUCUUUAUACAUAUAUAUAUAUAUAGAAAUAUAUUUAUACGUUUUCACAAGUCGAAGAACCCGAGAAACUGUUUUUCUUAAAAAAAAAAAAUGAAAUCGAAAUAUUCGUUUUUGAAUUGUAACACGUUCGUACUGUAAACUGUACAUUGUUCGCGACGAAGCUAAUAAACGAAUCGCAUCAAUUCGAAA